AACUAAAAAAAGACUAAAGUGAGCGAGGAAGCAAUGCAGAAGUGAGUGCGUGAGUGACCCCUCUGAUAUUUGCCAAUCCUCGCACGGCAAGGCUUCGCUAACAGGAUUGGUGGCGGUACUGUGGCGGAGGAGCUUGUGGCCGGGUGGCGAGGGUGGCGUCACCAACAGUGUGGGUGCAGCCAUUGCCGGCCCAGGAGUCUGUCGCGCACUCUGACCUGACGCCCGCACGCCAGCCCGUCCGCUCGCCCGUCCGCUCGCCCGUCAGUCAAUCCGCCAACCCGCCCACAUGGUUAACUCGGUGAGGGUGUUCAAGAAAACCGCCCCCAAUGGCAAAGUCACCGCCUACCUCACGCGGCGGGACUUCGUGGACCACAUCAGCCACACCUCGCCCGUGGACGGCGUGGUGGUGGUGGACAAGAACUACCUGGGCGGACGGAAGCUGUUCGCCCGCGUGGUGGUCACCUACCGCUACGGCCGCGAGGAGGACGAGGUGAUGGGCCUGCACUUCACCAAGGAGGUCGAGCUGGAGAAGAGCGAAGUGACGGCGGCGGGGAAGCAGGAAGUUUCGGACGUGGUGGAGUGUGUCAUGACCAAGCUGGGUGCUGAUGCCCGGCCCUUUUGUGUCCACCUGCCGCCCAACGCCCCCGUCUCCGUCACCCUCGAUCCGGAACGGGACAGCUCAAGCAGGAGGCUGGGCGUGACGUACGAGUUGGCGCUGUACGUGGCUGACCACCCCGAGGAGGCCCCGCAGAGGCGCAACGCCGUCUUCUUCCCUGUGCGUAAGGUGCAGUUCGCCCCGGCCAAGACCCUCGCCCCCUCGCCGCUCAUCUCGGUGACCAGGACAUUCACGCUUCCCUCCGGCAGCAUCACGAUGGAGCUGCAGCUGGAGCGUGACCUGUGUUACCACGGCCACCCCCUCGAGGCCCAGGUAUUCAUCAACAACGCCUCCAAAAAGACGAUGAAGCACCUGACGGUGCAGGUGAUGCAGCACGUGGAGGUCACCGUGAGUGACACGCACUUCAGCGCCGUGGUGUCCUCCAUAGACACCUACGAGGGCUGCCCCGUCACGCCCAAGUCCCUCUACUCCAAGACCAUCGUCCUCACGCUCCAGCCCCUACGGGCCCACGGGGUGGCCCUCGAGGGUCACGCCCAGGACCAGGAUGCCAACCUGGCCUCCUCCACCAUCAUGUCCACCGCCGCGGCGCUCAACGAUGUGCUGGGUAUCAUCGUGUCCUACUCCCUCCGGGUGACGCUCAACUGCGGCUCCAUUGGCGGCGAGCUGAGCGCCGAGCUGCCCUUCAAGCUGAUGCACACGGACCAUCCCGGCACCAAGGCGUGCCUGCAGAGGACGCAGUCGGCCGUCGACUACAACCUUGUCAUCGAGGAGUACAGCGCCUUACGUCGCGGGAAGUCCCUCGUCGACGACCUGGAGGAUUGACGUGCCACCGCGAGGACCCUCCCACCGAGGCUAGCCUCACGCCUCGACCACGGGGGCCUCUGGGCGCCAGACUCACAUGCACCCGUGCCACCCACAGGGCCUGUUUUUUCAGCGGGCGUUGUGACCCUGGGGGCGUAGCAGUGCAAUGCUUACUGGCGGCGGGGCGGGUCAGAAGCGUCGCUAGACAUCAAGAAUAUCAAUGCACGCUGCGGCUACCCCCCCCCCCCCCCCAUCAUACAUACGCAUCGUCUUUCGUAUCAUGUAUUCGCCUAGGACACGUGCGAGGUCAGCGGACUACCUUUGUUUACUUUGUGUACCUUCCCCGCGCUGCACCGUCAUCCAAGCGAUAAAAAGAAAAAAAAUG